UGAUUCCUAAUUUCGGAACCGCCCCUUUUUUGUUUUUUUGUUUAGAAGUUAUUGGUAAUUGCCUAAUUGGUAUGCUGUUAUUCUGAUGCUCCAGAGGCUCAAAUACAAGUUGUUCUAGACUUGUAUCUUAUCACAAUGGAGAUGUCAGUGCUCAUAAAUAAGAGUAAUUUUUGCUUGCAAAAUGGGUAGCCAAAGUCCUGCAAGCAAUGACCAUUCACGAAUAUUCUUGGGCUGACUGUCAACAAUGGAGCUCUGUUUUAUUUAUCUUAGUCUAGGGCCAUCUGCAUAGGUGGAACAGGACUGGCCACGUAUUCAACAAGAAAGCAUGGACGGAGACUGAUACAACCUCAUAUUAAGAAGAUGAUCAAAAGGAGAUCUAGCUAUGUUUCCUUUCAAAUUAGCCUUUCAUGGUACCAAAAGGACUAUUCCAACUUUUCAUGGAGUUUUUUCUCCCGUUUUUGGGUGGAUGGUGGUUCAUCAAUCACGAUAUCUCUCGUUAUUCUACCAGUGACUAUUUGCUGCCGAUUACCUGUUGUGGUUCAGUUAAAAUUCAGAUCAAGUCAUUACUCAUUGCUUGUUCAUCAGUUUGACAUAAAUUCCCUCCAUUUAAAGCAACUUCUAAUAAACUAGCUACUCUUACUGAACUCCAUGGAUGAUGUGACGAAUCUAUACAUCUUAAAUUGUAUUGUUGAGUUUAUAGAAACAAUGGGUAGCCAAACCCCCGCAAGCAAUGACCGCUCGAGAACGUACUGGACCCCAACAAUGGAAUGCUACUUUAUUGAUCUUAUGCUAGAGCAUAUGCAUAGGGGUAAUAGGACUGGCCAUACAUUCAAUAAGCAAGCAUGGACAGAGAUGAUUAGCAUGUUUAACGCAAAAUUUACUUCUCAAUAUGACAAAGAUGUUCUGAAAAGUCGUUAUACAAGUUUGUGGAAGCAGUUCAACGAUAUAAAGAAUCUUCUUGGCCAGAACGGCUUUUCUUGGGACGAAGCUAGACAAAUGGUGGUAGCUGAUGAUUAUGUUUGGGAUGCAUACAUCAAGACUCACCCCGAUGCACGGCCGUAUAAGACUAAAGCAGUGCCAAACUUCAAUGAUUUAUGCUUGAUAUAUGGGUAUACGACUGCUGAUGGAAGGUAUAGCCGCUCAAGCCAUGAUAUAGAUAUUGACGACGACAGCCAAGGAAGGAAUUUGGGGGAUGGAAUUGGCACCCCGGUUCCUUCAAGUAGUGAGCGUUCUAGGACAGAUUGGACGGCAGCCAUGGACCAAUAUUUCAUUGAGCUGAUGCUGAACCAACUAGAAGGAGGCAAUAAGCUUGACAAUACAUUCAGCAAACAGGCAUGGACAGAUAUGCUAACUUUGUUCAAUUCAAAAUUUGGUCAACAACAUAGCAAGAGAGUUUUAAGACAUCGAUACAAGAAACUGUGGAAGUACUACAAUGAUGUAACAUCUCUGCUUAAACAAAAUGGGUUCUCCUGGGAUUACUCACAACAAAUGGUAGUAGGUGGUGAUGAUCUUUGGGACGCUUAUGGCAAGGCACACCCACAUGUGCGGCCUUACAGAAAGAGAGUAUUGCCAAAUUAUAAAGAUUUGGCAGUAAUAUUUGGGAAUACAAUGAGCAAUGGGAUUCAGGGUGAUUUGCGUCAGGAUAAAGGUGUUGAAGAUGACAUAAAAGCUGGCGGUGAACGUUCAAGAACAUACUGGACACCACCGAUGGAUCGUUGCUUCAUUGACUUGUUGCAAGACCAGGUUCACAAAGGAAAUAGAAUAGGACAGACAUUCAUUAGCCAGGCUUGGAUUGACAUGGUUACAUCAUUCAAUGCCAAAUUCAAAUCUCAUUAUGACAAGGAUGUCUUGAAGAAUCGAUACAAACAUCUGAGGAAGCAGUACAAUGAUGUCAAGAUUCUUCUUGAGCAGAACGAGUUUGCUUGGGAUGAAACACGGGAAAUGGUGACGGCUGCAGAUCAUGUUUGGGAUGCCUAUACAGAGGCACAUCCUGAUGCUCGAUCGUAUAGAGUAAAAACCAUACCAAGCUAUAACAAACUGUGUGCUAUAUAUGGACAAGACAGUUGUGAUCGAAGAUACAGUCGUUGGGCUUGCAAUGACCCUGAGAGUGAAGUCCCUCUUCUGAUGAUUGCUGAAGAGAAGGAUGACCAGUCCCUUGCCAGUGCAAAUCCAACAUUUAAUUGGACACUGCAGAUGGACAUGUACCUUAUUGACCUCCUGUUGGAGCAAAUACGGGCGAGGAAUGAGAUCAGUCACACGUUUGAUGAGCAAGAUUGGGCAUUCAUAAAUGCAUCAUUUAGCGAAAAGUUCGGUGUUCAGUUUGACACACACAUGCUAGAAAAUCAAUAUAUGAACUUGAUGAAAGAGUACAAUGACAUCAGCAGUCUUCUGGAUCAAAAUGGAUUUGCAUGGGAUGAAACUCUGCAAAUAAUCGUGGCCGAUGAUGAUGUAUGGGAAGCUUAUAUCAAGGAACACCCUGAUGCAGUCACUUACCGAAAUAAAAUCAUAGGUUACUUCAAUGACACAUGUAUACUUUUCGGAAGUGGGAUAGCCAAUGGAGGAUUAAGUUGUCAGGUUCCGGGGAUGGAGUUUGACAAUGUAGCCCUGGACAUCAAGAUGGAUGAAAUUUCAGGAUAUGUGCAAAUUUGUACAGACAUUGACGACUCAGAUGAAGGGAAAAAGAGACCAAUUGCUGUGCCGUCAGCCUCAGGACGAUCUAGCAAAGUGCAGAAAACAUGUUAUGAAGUACAAGUGCCUUCAAGUGAUAAGACUGGUAUAUUUGCCAAAUUGGUGAACAAGAAAGAGGAGAAGAGCUACGUUUCAAUAGAAAAUGCGAUUGAUGCGCUUCAAGCCAUAUCGGACAUUGAUGACGAGCUACUGUUGGAUGCUUGUGAUCUUUUGGAGGAUGAGAGGAAGGCUAAGACAUUUUUGGCCUUGGAUGUCAACCUUCGGAAGAAAUGGUUACUUAGGAAGCUCGGCCGUUAAUAGCCCAGCCCAUUUUUUGAGUUUCGGACGGUCUAAGAUGUUGAUUUGGGGUGUUUCACUAAGCCUUAUUAAAAAAUAAGUACUUAUUUGCAAUUUUCCAACUUAGAAAUAAUGUAUACGAAAAUAAUUUUUUUAAUUUUUUUGCACCGUUCAAAAGAUCUCAUCGAGAUCUAUCAAACAAGAUCAAUAUUGCACAAAGAAUUAUUUUAGUAAGUCCAUUAUUUUUAAGCUGGAAAAUUGCAACUAAGGAUUUAUUUUUUUAGAAGACUCGGUAGAACACUAGAAGUUUUGAUAAUUUUGGUUAAGACUAGACUUUUCUUUUGGCAAGUUUUGCUACGUGUAGUCUGAUUCUAAAAAUUCUCUGAAAUUAUUUUACCUUUUUUUUUGUGUGGGUAAAUUGAAAAUAUUUCACUUGUGGU